AUGAGUUCGUUUAAGGCUCGUCUGGCCCUUUUGAAGGCCCUUUUGGUUCAUAUUCCACUAAUCUUCAAGACUGCCCUUCUCCAUGGCAUCCAAAUGUCCCCCGUAAAGGGGAAACAAGACCUCCGAACGGAGUUGACGGUUGCGAUCCUCCGGUCAUUCAUGAAUACCAGGGCCCCGUUAGGCAAAACCCAGCGCGAUGGCAUACGAGACCCGGGCGUCAAGGGUCCCAUGUGGAUAUCGAAAGUGACCCUCCCGCAGCCCGAAAAUGACGUACGGGAUGCGGUUCUUCAUGCGAUUGAAUCGCUCAAGACCGGCGAUGAGACAUAUGAUAUCCCCGAAGCUGUUCCCGUGGAAGGCGAGUGGACUGGGUAUCGCGCUGGGGUGGGGAAGCACACCAAGGAGCCCGAUCUUUCGGAAGAGGAGAAGUACUUGAAGCUGCGCGAGGAAUCGCCCUCUGAUAUGACGAUUCUGUAUUUCCACGGCGGCGCAUACUUAACUGACAUAGAAAUUAGCCUUCUGGACCCCUGCACUCACCGCGUGCCACUCGCCCACCUGUCCCGCCUGACUGGUGCACCUGCUUUCUCCGUCCGCUAUCGCUUGGCACCCCAGAACCCAUUUCCUGCCGCGCUCGUCGAUGCCCUCACGGCCUACCUUUCCCUUGUUCACCCACCCGAGGGUUCGCUCCACAAGCCCGUGCCCGCAAACAAGAUCAUUCUCGCCGGUGACUCCGCAGGCGGAAACCUCUCACUCGUUCUACUUCAGACACUCUUGACCCUCGAUCGUACAAACCGCACCGUUCGCUUCCAUGGCAAGGACGUCACUAUUGAGCUGCCCGCUGGCGUGGCAACAGUUUCCCCCUGGUGCGAUAUAACCCGCUCAAUGCCAUCGUGUUCCAAGAAUGCGUGGCUUGACUACCUCGGCGCCUCGCCCACGCCCUCCGACGACACACCAUUCGAGACCAUUCCUUUCAUCCCAGACGAUGUCUGGCCCACCACGCCACCUCGCGCUGAUAUAUUCUGCAAUUCUACCAUUCUCGGCCAUCCACUGGUCUCUCCGCUCGCUGCCCCGGCCGAGCUAUGGAAAAAGGCACCGCCUAUCUGGAUUUCAAUGGGUGAGGAGGGUCUGGCAGAUGAAGGGCUCAUUGUAGGACGUCGCUUCCACGAGGCGGGUGUGCCUCUCGUGGCAGAACUGUACGAGGGCAUGCCACAUUGCCAUGGCAUGCUUCUACUGGAUACCCCAGUCAGCCAUGAAUUUUUCAAGGGCUUCUCCGAGUUUUGUCGCGACGCUGUGGCCGGUCGUGUGAAAUCAGCCGGAACCCUCACUUGGCGUAGUUUCAAGUUGCGGUCUACCAAGGAAAUACCGAUUGAAAAGGCCUGCGAAGUCAGUGAUGAAGAGGCGCGAUCCCUGAUGAAGAAAAGUGCAGAUUGGCGACUGAAGACGGAGAUCGAGAUGCGGAAGGAAUGGCAUGCGAAGGCACGACUUUGA